UAUGAUGUGGGACCCUGCGGGUUAUGGUGGUGCUUAUCAAAUCCUGACAUCCUAUGAUGACGUGUGGGUGCCAGAACUUAUUCUGACGUCGCCGUCAGAUGACGUCGAGAGCCUAGGGGCGACUUGGAAUCGCAUCCGGUAUUAUGCCGAUGGAACCGCUGUUUGGAUUCCGGUCAAGUUGGUUAAGUCCACGUGCGCAGUAGACGUCAAAAUUUUCCCGUUUGAUACACAGACGUGCACGUUAUCAUUUAGCGCAAUGGGGUAUGAGUUUAAUGAAGUUUUCAUCAUGCCAGAGACGGACCAAGCUGACAUGGCGUUAUUUACAGAACACCCAAUGUGGGACGUUGUUGACAACACAGCCUCCUCCGAACGAUUCGGGUCAAGUUGGCAAGUGAGUUUUGGUUUCAAACUCAAGAGAAAGCCGGAAUAUGUUAUCGUGAAUGUGUUACUACCAAUUCUUUUCCUUAGUAUCCUGAAUCUGGUAGUGUUUCUUUUGGUGCCGGAGUCAGGUGAGCGGAUUGCGUACUGUAUUACCGUUCUCCUUUCCAUCGCGGUCUUCAUGACAAUAGUCAGCGCUAUGCUUCCAAGAACCUCGAAACCCGUUCCGAUCAUCUCCUUCAAACUUAUGAUAGAUAUUGCUAUAAGUUCUGCUAUUACCGUUGUGGCCAUUCUUAACCUUCGUAUCUACAACAAGGAUCCGGAAAGUCCCGUUCCGAAAUGGCUGAUUGGAAUAUACCGGAUAUUGACCUGCACCCUUUGUUGCAAGCGAAAAAUAGAACCUUUGGAGAUGAGAACGUUACUAAGGAAAACUUCAAAAGCGAUAAGGAUACAAACUGUAAAGGCUAUCUCUACGGCUGAAAAUGACAAUAAUUUUGAGAAACAACCAUCCGAUUUAACUGUUGAAGAGCGAAUCACGUGGAAGAACAUUAGCUACAUGAUCGACGGAGUUGCUUUGUGCCUUUUCAGUCUUGCAGCAAUUGGCAGUUUCGCUGUUUUUAUGAUUAUUGUUACAGGACGCAGCAAGUAAACAACAGCUGAAUAUU